GUCUGUCUUCUCUGGCAUUCCGGUGGCCAUUGGCGGGACAGAUCUCAACCCGGCAGUUUUCUAUGGGGAUUGGGUCAUCACCAUUUCAAACGAGCUGGCCAGAAGCCUAGCCCUUGAAGGUUCGGAGAUCUAUUCCAGCUCGGGUGGGAGACUGCUCAAGAAGGAUGACCCCACGAAGUACUUUUGCAAGGGCGACCAUCUCCUGGCUUUUCCUCAGGAGUGUGAGUCCUACCAUGCACAGCUUCGAGCCACCACCAUCUUCGCAGUAGCCUUCUCCACCUUGCUGCUGGCCACCAUUUGGACUCUACUCGGGAAGCUGAAGCUCACCAGAUAUGUCAGCUACAUGCCCUAUAGCAUCUCCGAGGCCUUUCUUGCUUGUGUCGGCUACAAGGUCUUCUACUACGCCAUCAAGUUCUGCGACUUUGACCCAAGGCAGUUCUUCACGGCCGCUUUCAUCGGCAUUGUCCUCUACUUCAUCAAGGCCCUGCACAUCGGGAAUCCCACCAUCAUGACGAUGCCCUUGGGCCUGCUACUGCCCCUGGCCAUCUUUUGGGGCGUCGCGCUUGGGACGCAGCAGACGCCCGAGAUGAUGCGAGAUUCAGGCUGGCUCUUCCCUGAAGUGCAGAACGAGCCGUUCUAUCUUGUCUGGUUAGACAGUAUUGGGUCGACCAGAAACAUCAACUUCGACGCAUGGGCCGCCACACUCCCUGAUCUUGGCGUGAUGUUGAUCGUCUCGACGAUGGACUGCAUUCUGAAACUCCAUGCUACUGAGAGCAAGCUCCCAUUGAAGGUUUCUACAGAUGACGAGGCUCUGACCUUCGGCCUCUUCAACUACCUUCUCGCAUGCUGUGGUGCAGCAACAGGCUACAUGCAGCUGAAGUUCAACGUGAUUAGCUACGGUGUCAUGCGCAACGCGCACGACCGUCGAGCCGGGAUGAUCUUUGCCAUGCUCUGCGGUGCGGCGUACUUCAGUACGGUGGAGCACUUCAACUACUUGCCAAAGCUCUUCCUCAGUGCCCUGCUCUUCUUUGCGGGCGCGGGGUUCGUCACAGACAACAUGUGGGGAUCCCGGAAGUUCUUGCACUUUAGUGAGUGGAUGGAGAUCGUGGUGAUCCUGAUCGUCUUCAUCGCCGUGGGUCAGAGCAUGAUAUGGGCCGUCGUCGCUGGUUUGGUUCUUUCUGCCAUCGCCUUCAUCGCAAAGUAUGCCCGUGUGCCUUCCAUGGAUGGCUUGCCAAAGCGGGGCGACCAGGUAGUCACGCGCGAGCGGCCGGUUGGGGAGGUUGGCCAUCAGAGCUUCAUGCAUAUCGCCUCGGCUUGGAUCCUGAUCGUGAGCUUGAAGGGCUACGUCUUCUUCAGCUCCUGCGUUCAAGUGAUGCGUUCCGUGGAGGAGCAUUUUCAGAAGGAGGAUGCCAAGAAGGUGCCAGGGUACCGAAGGCUGAAGUUUCUGGUCUUCGACGGCUCCGCACUUGACGGGAUGGAUGCCUCAGGUGCCAUGUGCAUGGCAAAGCUCUCCCGGAAGGCCAAGCAGCGCGGCAUGCGCGUGAUCUGGUGCAACAUCAAGGGCAACCUGGCGGAGGAGCUUCGGGUGCGAAGCAUCCUCGCCUCAGCGGAGGAUCUCUUCGAAGAUCUAGACAUG